GUCAUCCAUCUGCGCCAUGCGGAAGCUGCGGAUCAUACUAACAGUUAUUGCGGGUGGGCCUAACGAAGGUAAGCACCGCCCUUGGGUACCGGAGCUCAUUAUGGCGACGCCCCCGAAACGGCGAGCCUUGGAUACUACAGGGGGAAAAGUGCUGCGGUAUGAGGCCUUUAUCAGUGACGUCCUGCAACGAGACUUGAAAAAGGUGCUGGACCAUCGAGACAAGGUAUAUGAGCAGCUAUCUGUAUACCUUCAACUGAGAAAUGUUAUUGAGCGACUCCAGGAAACCAAUCACCCAGAAUUAUAUAUGCAGGUGGACUUGGGCUGUAACUUCUUCGUUGACACAGUGGUGCUCAGCAACAGCCUCACCAAGGACUCCGUGAAUAUCAAGGCCCAUAUCCACAUGAUGCAAGAGGGACUUAGAGAACUACAAGGCCUGCAGAAUUUCCCAGAGCCAUCUUCCCAUUGACUGCUUCUUCCCAUCCUCCAAUAUUAAAGAGCCUGAAUGCCUUGGAAUCACACAGCCCUUCUUUUCCCCCUAAUUCUCACUGAUUGACUAAGUGCCCUAGAGACCAAAGUUACUAGAAGACCCAUCUUCUCUAUAGAACUUCUAAAACAUUUUAGGCAUCUCUCCUCCAAAUUGUGUUUUCCACCUGACUUUAUGUUUUGCCGUCUUUUGUCUGUGAAACUUGACUGCUCCCCCUACACACACACACACACUCACUUUAAUUCCUUUUUGUAGAUAUUUGUAAAAGUGCCCUUUGUAUUACCAUAAAGAAUGGACUGAUUCAUGGGCUGGA